CCUAGAGCCGCCCCCAUGAUGGACAGCCGCAUCCUGGAGCAUCCCCAUGCCCAGUUCGGGGGGAUGGUGGGCUUCCCUUACCCGCUCGGCCACCACCACGUCUACGAGCUGGCCGGCCACCAGCUGCAGUCGGCGGCCGCCUCCGUGCCCUUCUCCAUCGAUGGAUUACUGAGCGGCUCCUGCGCCGCCUCUGUGGUCAACCCGGCGCCGCUGAUCCCCUCGGGCUGCGGGGUCAGCGGGGACAGCCAGCCCUUCAAGCUCGCAGACUCGGGUGACCCGGACAAGGAAAGUCCUGGCUGUAAAAGAAGACGAACCCGCACCAAUUUUACUGGCUGGCAGCUCGAGGAGCUGGAAAAGGCGUUUAACGAGAGUCAUUACCCGGACGUGUUUAUGCGAGAGGCUCUGGCUCUCAGGCUAGACUUGGUGGAGUCCAGAGUGCAGGUCUGGUUCCAAAACCGCCGGGCCAAAUGGAGAAAGAAAGAGAACACCAAGAAGGGCCCGGGGCGGCCGGCUCACAACUCGCACCCCACGACGUGCAGCGGGGAGCCCAUGGACCCCGAGGAGAUCGCGCGGAAGGAGCUGGAGAAGAUGGAGAAGAAGAAGAGAAAGCACGAGAAGAAGCUGCUCAAAAGCCAAAGCCGCCACCCGCACUCUCCCAGCGCCCUCUCCCUCCACAGCACGCCCAGCUCCGACAGCGACAGCGGCGGCGGGGGAGGCCUCUCGCCCGCCCCGCCCGAGGCCAAGCCCCGCGGGCAGCCCCCGCCGCCCCAUCCGCCGCUCCCCGCCGCCGCCGCCCCCUCCGAGCCGCCCCCCGGCACCUGCGAGCAGACGGCCGAGCCCUUCUACCCCAGCCAAAGAAGCGGGAGCGGGCGGCUCCAGCGCCCGCCCGACAAGGACUGCGCGGCCGCCCCGUCGGGGGACGGCAGCGGGGGCGCGGGGGGGCCCCGAGGCGCCGGCAGCUUCCACAAGCUCAACCCGUUCAGCGUGGAGAGCCUGCUCUCCGACUCGCCGCCCCGCCGCAAGGCCGCCCCGGACUUCCCCAGCCUGCCCCCCUGCGCCCCCCGCACCCUCAUCGGCAAAGGACACUUCUUGCUCUACCCCAUCACCCAGCCCCUGGGCUUCCUCGUCCCGCAGACCGCCCUCAAGGCCAGCCCGGGCCCCGAGGCCGGCCAGCCCCCCCGGGACUCCCCGCUGCCCGCCGCCAACCCCGGCCCGCCGGGCUGCGGAGCGGAGCCGGCGCCCGCGGGGGCCCAGCCCGGCCCCGGCCCCACGGACACGGCGGGCUCGGUGCCCCCCGCGCCGGCCGGAGCCGCACACGGGGACCCUGCGGCCGCCGCCCCCGCCGAGGGCGGAACCUUCCCCCGGCCCGAAUCGCCGGUCCGGGCGCGGGACGCCAGCACAGCCAGGGACACAUCGGACUGCGGCCCCGCCGACGGCGACGAGGUGGACAUGGACUGA